AUGGCCCCGGGACCCGGGGCACCUGGGGCACCGCAACUGGGGGACCCGCACCUGGAGGCACCUGCACCUGACCGGGAGAACCAGACCAGGGAGCACCCGCACCAGGGGGCGUCCCAGACGCCGGCGGGACACCUGCACCUGGGAGGCACCCGCACCUGGGGGCACCCGCACCAGCAGGCGGGAGGCGGCGCGGUCCCAAGUCGCCGGCGGCGGGGUAGCGCCCAGGGGCCUCCGGGACCGCCGUGGCGGGCUCGGGCUUCCAUCCCAGCCUCGGCCUCUCCGCGCGGACGGCGGAACGACCCCCGCCCCCCGCCCGGUCCCCACUCUCCUCACGCGCUUCCCACAAACGGCCGACGCGUCGGGAUCUGGGCUGCGGCAGCACAGCGCCGACCUCCGCCUCUGGAGGAGACACGCCAGGCCUGCCGCCCGCCCGCACUCACCGCGCCGCCUGCGCCCGCCAAGGACGCCGCCGCAGCCGCCCAGCAGCUUCCGCCCGGCGCCACACAACCGCCGGCGCCCACCUCGGCCGCGGCCGGCGCAGGCGCUCUGGGCCGCUCCCGGGCCGCGCGCGCCGCCUCGCCCCCGCCGCCGACGCACGUGACGCGCGCCGGCCAAUGGCAGCCGGAGGCGGCCUGGGAUGCGGCGGCGGAACGCGGGAAGGCUGCGGGAUGCCGCCUCCCGGCCCGACUCGGAGGUCGGCGGCAGCGGGAAGGGAAGGCAGGGCCCGGGUUCGGCCAGCCUGUGCCCGCGGGACGGGGAGCCGGAACCUGGGCCCCGCCCCCGAGCUACCCCGCCCCGACGGCCGCGACUGGCCCACGAGUGUCCCAAGGGGCCCGCACCUGCUCCCCCAGCGCGUGGCGGAUGGGGUUCGCCUGCGUGUAG